AUGGACGCGGAACUUCGCUGUCCCGCUUGUCGACGCUAUUUUCACUGCCCUCUAUUAUUACCCUGUGGACAUUCAUUGUGCACUGCUUGUGCUGCCAGUUCUCUACUCCCGGCCGCGGAACCCACUGUGGCCGCAUCCAUUCACACCACUCUGGCAUUGCUAUCCUCCACGGAAGGAUAUCGAGCCUUGAUUCCUGGUGCUUCGUAUUCCUCCUCGUCCUCUGCCUCGUCAACCGCUGGAAGCAGUAUUCUUAGUGUGGUCAGUGAAACAGAUUCCGGGGUUGUGGUCAGUAGUCGGCCAGGAAGUUAUAUAGGUCGUCUACCGGCCAUCCUCUGCCAUAUCACUGUUCCUCUCCCCACGACAAUCAAUUUAAACGUGAUCACUCACGGACUAAUUUGUCCCUCGUGCAACCGAACCGUUGGUUUGCUAGAUGAGCAUGGUUUGAGUCAGUUGCCAAGAAACAAAGCCCUCGAACGAGUAAUCGGAAAAUUUGUCAAUCCUGAACUGUUGCAGGAAAAACCCACGGUCGAGAUUGGCACAUUCCCCCUGCUCCCCCCGUCCGAUCCAAUAUCCAGACCGGGUGGCCCUUUGUGUCAGUUGUGCGAGUGCCNNNCACUGGCAACCACUUGGUGUGAACAGUGUGAGAUUUUCUACUGUACUCCAUGUCGUGAACGAUGUCAUCCGUCUCGUGGCCCGUUGAUGCGUCACUGUUUGCACACAGCCACAAAAGGUGUGGAGCUGGCCAAACAAAAACGUCAAAAUCAACCUGACCCCUGUCCGGUGCAUCCACACGUGUUGAUCAAUUUAUUCUGUGUACAGUGCCAGAUACAGGUGUGCAGUGAUCACGGAAAACACGAAGUUCAACCGCUGAACACGAUUUGUAAAGCUCGAAAGGUGAGUAUGAUACCGACCGUGGUAUUUGAGUCGGAAUCUCGCAAUCAUGUAAGCCCACUGCGUGUGUUUGAUUUCACCGAUGUAUUGAAAAGUAUUGUUUGUAAUAUGAAAAGUCAGCGAGCGACACGGAUGGCUUGGGUUUUGCAUUAUUUUGUAUACCAUAAUCAUAUCUCCUCUGAUGUGCCGGUAGUGACUGGAAUGUAA